UUAUUAUUAUUAUUAUCAUCAGAUUUCACAUCACGUUGUAAUCAGGCAACUUAUUUAGCCACAAAUGAGUGGGGUCCUUCACACAAGCAUGUUUGUUGUUUACCUACGCGUCAUCCGGAAGUGAGUGUCAAAGAUGAGACUGGUGAGAUCUUUCUAUUUUCAAACAAAUAAGUUGUUUUAUAUAUUUAAUUAUUGAUAACACUAUGCCUGGUAACGCUUUACUGUUCAAGUUGCUCUCGUGGCGUUUUUCGUAGCUAACGAUAGGCUCACAGAAGUUGGGCAACACAAAGUUAGCUAACUAGCUAACAGCUAGCUAGCUUGCUAACUUACUGCACUUUUGUUCUUUUAGCUAGUUAAAUAAUAAAUAAUAAUAUGCCAUUUAGCAGACGCUUUUAUCCAAAGCGACUUACAGUCGUGCGUGCAUACAUUUUUGUGUAUGGGUGGUCCCGGGGAUCGAACCCACUACCUUGGCGUUACAAGCGCCAUGCUCUACCAGCUGAGCUACAGAGGACCACAAGUUAGCUACGUUUUAUGCAAUUACUUUAAUAGAUACAACUUUGUAAGGUUUUAAACCGAACUAUUUAGCUAGAAUACACAAAUUACCCCAGAGCCAUCUAGUUAGUGUCACUCACUAUCAUGUCAGUUCGUUAGAUGUACAGUAGUAGCUAUCUAGCCUCAUAAAAAUGAGCCUUGCUUGACAGCUCAUUUCUUUCUUGAAAGGAUUCACAGGAGGCAGAUGCUCCACUCUUUGGUGAAGACGAUGAUGAUGCCCCCACCGCCGUCAGACAGAAGAAAUCAGAAAUCAAGUCAGUUUUGGAAGUUGAUUCUGUAUUGAUGAGGAGUAACAGAACAAACUGAUGUUCAUUUCAACCCGUAUCAGCUAUUCUGAUCUACAAGAGAGGUUGUUUUGCUGUAAAUGUGAACUCUUCCUCGUGUGUGUGUGUGUGUGUGUGUGUGUGUGUGUGAUCAAAACCUGCUCUUGUUUUAGGCAUCCCCUGGCCACGUUCUUCCACCUCUUCUUCCGCACCAGUGCCAUUCUAGUCUACCUACUGUGUGAAAUCCUGAGCAGUAGUUUCAUCGUCUGCAUGGUCACCAUCAUCCUCCUCCUUUCAUGUGACUUCUGGACAGUCAAGGUGGGUUGUCACAGUUUGAUGUGGUACAACUUAAUUAGGCUAUACCCUUUUCACACUAACAUGCUGGCAGGAUAUUUCCUUUUCACAUUGUCCUUUCAAGCAUGUUUCCAGCAACUAUGUUGGAUGUGUAACCAGGCCAGGCUAGCCCAGCACAGCUCGACGGAGUUGUGUGAAAAGGGUAAAAGUUGCCUUUUGUUUUUUAUUCUGUGUGUGUUUAUAGGUCCAGUUGGUGAGUAAUCCUAUUGUGUUUCUUUCUCAGAAUGUGUCUGGCAGGUUGAUGGUCGGCCUCAGGUGGUGGAACCAGGUGGAUGAGGAUGGACAGAGUCACUGGGUGUUUGAGUCCAGACCAGUACGGUUGCACUAUAGUUCAUGACUGGAGUUGUAGUUGUGCCUGUCUAUUAGUUUAGUUUAGUUCUAGUUAAUUUAUUCGCACACAAAGACAAGUGAAAAACAAACAGUGCAGAUAAACAAGGUAAAAAGGUGUGCAGGUGAGGUUGGAAAUCCAAGAGGGCUUAUAUGAAAAUCACACACACAAAAAAAAGAUACAUAUAUAUAUAUAUACACACACAGUGAGGGGAAAAAAGUAUUUGAUCCCCUGCUGAUUUUGUACGUUUGCCCACUGACAAAGAAAUGAUCAGUUUAUAAUUUUAAUGGUAGGUUUAUUUGAACAGUGAGAGACAGAAUAACAACAACAAAAUCCAGAAAAACGCAUGUUAAAAUUUUUAUUAUUAUUAAAUUGAUUUGCAUUUUAAUGAGGGAAAUAAGUAUUUGACUCCCUCUCAAUCAGAAAGAUUUCUGGCUCCCAGGUGUCUUUUAUACAGGUAACGAGCUGAGAUUAGGAGCACACUCUUAAAGGGAGUGCUCCUAAUCUCAGCUUGUUACCUGUAUAAAAGACACCUGUCCACAGAAGCAAUCAAUCAAUCAGAUUCCAAACUCUCCACCAUGGCCAAGACCAAAGAGCUCUCCAAGGAUGUCAGGGACAAGAUUGUAGACCUACACAAGGCUGGAAUGGGCUACAAGACCAUCGCCAAGCAGCUUGGUGAGAAGGUGACAACAGUUGGUGCGACUAUUCGCAAAUGGAAGAAACACAAAAUACCUGUCAAUCUCCCUCGGCCUGGGGCUCCAUGCAAGAUCUCACCUCGUGGAGUUGCAAUGAUCAUGAGAACGGUGAGGAAUCAGCCCAGAACAACACGGAAGGAACUUGUCAAUGAUCUCAAGGCAGCUGGGACCAUAGUCACCAAGAAAACAAUUGGUAACACACUAUGCCGUGAAGGACUGAAAUCCUGCAGCGCCCGCAAGGUCCCCCUGCUCAAGAAAGCACAUAUACAGGCCCGUCUGAAGUUUGCCAAUGAACAUCAAUGAUUCAGAGGCGAACUGGGUGAAAGUGUUGUGGGCAGAUGAGACCAAAAUGGAGCUCUUUGGCAUCAACUCAACUCGCCGUGUUUGGAGGAGGAUGAAUGCUGCCUAUGACCCCAAGAACACCAUCCCCACCGUCAAACAUGGAGGUGGAAACAUUAUGCUUUGGGGGUGUUUUUCUGCUAUGGGGACAGGACAACUUCACCGCAUCAAAGGGACGAUGGACGGCGCCAUGUACCGUCAAAUCUUGGGUGAGAACCUCCUUCCCUCAGCCAGGGCAUUGAAAAUGGGUCGUGAAUGGGUAUUCCAGCAUGACAAUGACCCAAAACACACGGCCAAGGCAACAAAGGAGUGGCUCAAGAAGAAGCACAUUAAGGUCCUGGAGUGGCCUAGCCAGUCUUCAGACCUUAAUCCCAUAGAAAAUCUGUGGAGGGAGCUGAAGGUUCGAGUUGCCAAACGUCAGCUUCGAAACCUUAAUGACUUGGAGAAGAUCUGCAAUGAGGAGUGGGACAAAAUCCCUCCUGAGAUGUGUGCAAACCUGGUGGCCAACUACAAGAAACGUCUGACCUCUGUGAUUGCCAACAAGGGUUUUGCCACCAAGUACUAAGUCAUGUUUUGCAGAGGGGUCAAAUACUUAUUUCCCUCAUUAAAAUGCAAAUCAAUUUAUAACAUUUUAGACAUGUGUUUUUCUGGAUUUUUUUGUUAUUCUGUCUCACUGUUCAAAUAAACCUACCAUUUUUAAAAUUAUAGACUGAUCAUAUCUUUGUCAGUGGGCAAACAUACAAAAUCAGCAGGGAGUCAAAUACUUUUUUCCAUCACUGUAUGUGUGUGUAUAUAUAUCUCAGAUUGUUCAAUUAAACAAAGCACAAAGUCUAUGACUCAAAGAAUUGCAACAACUAAGACAUCUGUGGAACAUAAACAUGUGCUUAUUUUUCCCCUCUCUCUGUAGGCAACCAGUAGAAAAGUUCAGACCAACUCUCAAUCACGGAUCUUCUGGCUGGGUCUGAUUGUGUGUCCCGUCCUCUGGGGCAUCUUUGUGUUCAGUACUCUCUUCUCCUUCAAGUUUAAGUGGCUGGUAGGUUCAGUGCCUUUCCUUCCUCCAUUUGAAUUUAGACAUCUCUAAUUUCCCACUGCAUAAUUAAUAUUUCAAACCUAGUAUGAAGCUAGCAAUAUGAUUUGACCUUAAAGACACAUGCAUUGUUUGGGUUCUCAAAGAAACAUACCGCAUUAGCAUCGAACAGCACCCGCGAUAUGCAACUUUUCAGGGAAGUGAGGAACCAAUAUACACAAUCAGUUAGGAAAGCAAAGGCUAGCUUUUUCAAACAGAAAUUUGCAUCCUGUAGCACUAAAUCCAAAAAGUUUUGGGACACUAAAGUCCAUGGAAAAUAAGAGCACCUCCUCCCAGCUACCCACUGCACUGAGGCUAGGAAACACUGUCACCAAUGAUCAUCUACGAUAAUCGAGAAUUUCAAAAAGCAUUUUGCUACGGCUGGCCAUGCUUUCCACCUGGCUACCCCUACCCCGACCACCAACUCUGCACCCUCCGCUGCAACUUGCCCAUGCCCCCCCCCGCUUCUCCUUCACCCAAUUUCAGAUAGCUGAUGUCCUGAAAGAGCUGCUUAAUCUGGACCCCUACAAAUCAACUGGGCUAGACAAUCUGGACCCUUUCUAAAAUUAGCCACCGAAAUUGUCGCAACCCCUAUUACUAGCCUGUUCAACCUCUCUUUCGUAUCGUCUGAGAUCCCCAGAGAUUGGAAAGCUGCUGCGGUCAUCCCCCUCUUCAAAGGGGGUAAUACUCUAAAUCCAAACUGUUACAGACCUAUAUCCAUCCUGCCCUGCCUUUCGAAAGUAUUUGAAAGCCAAGUUAACAAACAGAUCACCGACCAUUUCGAAUCCCACCGUACCUUCUCCGCUAUGCAAUCUGGUUUCCGAGCUGGUCAUGGGUGCACCUCAGCCACGCUCAAGGUCCUAAACGAUAUAAUAACCGCGAUCGAUAAAAGACAGUACUGUGCAGCCGUCUUCAUCGACCUGGCGAAGGCUUUUGACUCUGUCAAUCACCGCAUUCUUAUUGGCAGACUAAAUAGCCUUGGUUUCUCAAAUGACUGCCUCGUCUGGUUCACCAACUACUUCUCAGAUAGCAUUCAAUGUGUCAAAUCGGAGGGCCUGUUGUCUCGACCUCUGGCAGUCUCUAUUGGGGGUCCACAGGGUUCAAUUCUCGGGCCGACUCUGUUCUCUGUGUAUAUCAAUGAGGUCGCUCUUGCUGCUGGUGACUCUCAGAUCCACCUCUACGCAGACGACACCAUUUUGUAUACAUCUGGCCCUUCAUUGGACACUGUGUUAACAAACCUCCAAACGAGCAUCAAUGCCAUACAACACUCCUUCCGUGGCCUCCAACUGCUCUUAAAUGCUAGUAAAACUAAAUGCAUGCUCUUCAAUCGAACGCUGCUUGCAACCGCCCGCCCGACUAGAAUCACUACUCUCGGCGGGUCUGACUUAGAAUAUGUGGACAACUACAAAUACCUAGGUGUCUGGUUAGACCGUAAACUCUCCUUCCAGACUCACAUUAAGCAUCUCCAAUCCAAAGUUAAAUCUAGAAUCGGCUUCCUAUUUCGCAAAACAAAGCCUCCUUCACUCAUGCUGCUAAACAUGCCCUCGUAAAACUGACUAUCCUACCGAUCCUUGACUCUACUCAGCAAAUUGGAUGUAGUCUAUCACAGUGCCAUCCGUUUUGUCACCAAAGCCCCAUAUACUACCCACCACUGUGACCUGUACGCUCUCAUUGGUUGGUCCUCACUACAUAUUCGUCGCCAAACCCACUGGCUCCAGGUCAUCUAUAAAUCACUUCUAGGCAAAUCCCUGCCUUAUCUUAGCUAAUUGGUCACCAUAGCAACACCCACCCGUAGUAUGCAUUCCAGCAGGUAUAUCUCACUGGUCAUCCCCAAAGCCAACACCUCCUUUGGCCGCCAUUCCUUCCAGUUCUCUGCUGCAAAAAUCUCUGAAGCUGGAGACACUUAUCUCCCUCACUAACUUUAAGCAUCAGUUGUCAGAGCACCUUACCGAUCACUGCACCUGUACACAGCCCAUCUGAAAUUAGCCCGCCCAACUACCUCAUCCCUAUAUUGUUAUUUAUUUUGCUCAUUUGUACCCCAGUAUCUCUAUUUGCACAUCAUCUCUUGCACAUCUAUCAUUCCAGUGUUAAUACUAAUUGUAAUUAUUUUGCACUAUAGCCUAUUUUAUUGCCUUACCUCCAUAACUUGCUAAAUUUGCACACACUGUAUAUAUAUGUAUUUUUGUUUUUUUGACUUUGUUUUGUUUUACCCCAUAUGUAACUCUGUGUUGUUGUUUUUAUCGCACUGCUUUGCUUUAUCUUGGCCAGGUCGCAGUUGUAAAUGAGAACUUGUUCUCAACUGGUUUACCUGGUUAAAUAAAGGUGAAAAAAAAAAAAUAUAUAUAUAUAUAAAAAAAAGACUGGAACGAACUGCAAAAAUCUCUGAAGCUGGAGACACUUAUCUUCCUCACUAACUUUAAGCAUCAGUUUUCAGACCAGCUUACCGAUCACUGCACCUGUACACAGCCCAUCUGUAAUUAGCCCACCCAACUACCUCAUCCCCAUAUUGUUAUUUACAUUAUUUAUUUUGCUCAUUUGCACCCCAGUAUCUCUAUUUGCACAUCAUCUUCUGCACAUCUAUCACUCCAGUGUUAAUACUAAAUUGUAAUUAUUUUGAGCUAUGGCCUAUUUAUUGCCUUACCUCCAUAAUGUACUACAUUUGCACACACUGUAUAUAGUUUUUCUAUUGUGUUAUUGACUGUACGUUUUGUUUAUUCCAUAUGUAACUCUGUGUUUUUAUAGCAUUGCUUCAUCUUGGCCAGGUCGCAGUUGUAAAUGAGAACUUGUUCUCAACUGGCUUACCUGGUUAAAAAAAUCACAACGCAUUGCAUUUUUAUGUCAUGUCCUCUUGCAGGCAGUGGUGAUCAUGGGUGUGGCUUUGCAGUGGGCCAACCUGUACGGAUAUGUGCGAUGCAAAGUAGGCGGGAAGACCAACUUGAGGAGCAUGGCAACCAACUACCUUGGCAACCAGUUCUUCAAACCGGUAUAUAGUUCUCAUUUAAAAACAGAUCAUAUUAGACAUUUCAGCUCAUAGGUAGCAAUUUGGAGGAUAAUGCAUAAUAUUGUCUACAAUUGUAUUUCUCUUUUGAGAUCGGGUUCAGUUGCAACAUGGACUAUUUUGUCUGUGAAAAUAUAGGGAUAUGAUAUUUCUGCCAUCUAAACCUUCAUAUGUUUGUUCUUUUUAUAGGCAAUGGCCAAACAGGGACCCUAGAGGUGGACGUGCAGAGAGAAGAAACAUUAGCAUUGCUGCUAAUGUCAUAUUUUAUGUUAUCAAGAGGAUCCAGCCUUGCUUUAACUGAUGCGUAGGCUACUGUUAUUUUUCUUAAUUCCUGUUGGACAGGUGGAAGGAAUCUCUCUAUUCUGAGGGAACAGGGUUGUUUCCUACAGAGUCCUACAAACUGUGUAGUUUCAAACUAAGAUACUACUAGGUUUCUUUGUAUGUUGGUUUAAUUUGUUUUCCUGCUAACAGCCUUGUUAAUGAUUGAAAACUGCUGAUUGUAAUAUAAGACUUUUGUAAAUAUUAUAUUUACAUUACAUUUAUGGGUGAAUGAAUAAGAAAAAAAACGUGUCAAGUGAGUUCUUUUAAUAUCAGGCAAAAACAUUCCACAGUGGACACUGAAUGCAGCCAAGCCAAUGGAAUUCCUCCUUGGAAGUUUGGCACGAAGAAGCUCAAGCCACGUGACCAACCGUCAACAAACCCUUUCAUCUGUGGUUCAGUUGGCUAACUAAUUUACCUGGCAGGGGGUGAACAGUGUUACAAAUGCUUGACAAUAAAAUAGUGAAGUUAUACCUAAUAAGAUAAGGGAAUUGUUAACAGAAUGACUGCAACAGAAGAAACAUCUUUGUGGAGAGGGAAGCUUGAGGAGAAGCUCAAACAAGUAGGCUCGCUGGCUAGUUGCAGUAGCUAGCUUUAGCAAUUCAAUUUAACAUCAAUAAGCUAGGACUGACAUUAGCAGCUGUAGCUUGUUGCUAGUAACAAGCCUGGAUUAGGGUGUCAUUCAGACCACAAAAUGGCUAGUGAACACUUCACACUUCUGUCCUAAUAUUAUAUGACAUUGCUAGCUACAGUAGUAGACUUACUGUUAACAUUUUGAUUAUUUGAGAAGUCACUGUAGCCGCGUUAAAUGGGACAAUAUUUGCUGUAGCUGUAGGAAGAGCUAGCCAAGUUAGCUUAAGAUAACAAGCUAGCUACUAUCCGUUUUCUUAUCAAGGAUCAAGAUCUGCUGACAUUCGUUAGUGAUAGCCUCAAAAGAAGUGAUCAGCUGACUAAAGGCAUGGUAAGCUAAAUCUGAAAGCAAAGCAACCUUGAAUCCUUCACAGAUAUCUAAUCAGAACUGAGUACCACACCUCAAAUGUUCUACUACUUGAGUUCCUGCACCUCUUACAGAAUAUGAUUAGCUAAAAAGUAUUGCGGAGUUCAUGGAUUGGAUUGCAAAUAAAGUAGAGUUCAAAUGCCAUAUCUUUUUAAGAUAGCUACAGUUCUAUGCAAGCUUGACAUGAGACAGUGUAGCUAAAGGUUUGGUGUCCAAGGUGUCCAUUCUCUCAUCGUUCGAGGGCCGUCUGGAGCACCUGGAGAACUCGGUCAUUCCCAUGCAUGACAGCACACAGAACCUACUGCAGCUGAAGGGGACAAUGCAGAAGACAUUAUUCUACCUGGACGAUGCCAUCAGUCAUUACCAAGCCGUCCGAGACACAGACAAGGUCAUCAUACAGGGGUGAGAGUAAGGAGCAUGAUGACACACACACAAGCCCCAUAUUUGACCUUGUAUACCCUAUUCACAAUACUGGCCGGAAUUGGCCUGCACUGGCCUGGUUAGGUUAUACUUAGUUGCUGGAAUUACACUGGAAAAGGACAAUGUGAAAAGAAAUGAGCCAAGCCAGCACAGUUCGUUUUGGGAAGGCACGAUAGAGUGAAAAGAGUACUACUGACGUUCAUUUGAAUAGAGGUUCAGUAUGGGUCAAGGGAGAAGGAGAGGGAGAAUAGUCCUAUUUGUGUCAAAUACAUGACUGAUCAACUGAUCAUUUUAGAAUGAAAUACAUUAUAUUUUUCUGUAUGUACAUGUGUUUCUUUGCAAAGGCCUGCAGGAAGACUGUCUGACUAUCUAGCCUGUGUUCACCGACUCAAGAAAGCAGAGGAGUACUUUCAACAGGAAGACCCGGACGGGCCUGAGCUGAAUAUGCUGGUAACACUGUCUUCAUGUAUUUCUCUUACCAUCUGUCCUUCAAUCAAGUCAGGUUCUCUUUGUAGAAGUAUGAAUACUAUCAAACAGUUGGACAACAGAAUAGAGAGUGAUGCUUUGCUUCAGUGAAAGGGUGCUCAUUAGUCACAAAAUGCCUUAUUUUACUAGAAGAGAUGAUCCCUAUUAAAUCACUAUAGUCAAUAUCCAAUAACUGUUAGAUUUAAAUCACUAUAGUCCAAUAACGGUUAGAUCCUCCAAUUUGAACGUACAGCACACACUGAGUGUACAAAACAUUAUGAACACCUGCUCUGUCCAUGACAGAUUGACCAGAUAAAAGCUGCAAUCCCUUAUUGAUGUAACUUGUUAAAGCCACUUCAAUCAGUGUAGAUGAAGGGUGAGGCGACAGGUUAAAGAAGGAUUUUUAAGCCUUGAGACAAUCGAUAUGGAUUGUGUAUGUGUGCCAUUCAGAGGGUAAAUGGGCAAGACAUAAUAUUUAAGUGCCUUUGAACGGGGUAUGGUAGUAAACCAAGGUCUCUAAACCAAGGUCGGGUUCAAUUUCAGGAAGUCCCCUGAAAUUCCAAUUAUCUUCAAUGCUUUUCAAUUAGGAACAUUUGGAAUAGGAACUGAAAUUUGGUUUACAUUCUGAAUUGACUGGGUUUGAAAUGGAAUUGACCCCAACACUGCUCUAAUCGUUUUUGCAGAGAGGCCGUUUAGAGAGUGCCAAGUCACAGCUGGAGUCCGAGUUCCAAGUCCUGUUGGGGCUCUACAGCAAGCCAGUACAGACAGUCAAAAUCCUGGAUGUCCUGGCCAAAAAGUCACUGAAUGGGUCUGCAGGUGGGGUGGAGGAGGUAGAACUCAUACCCCAAACUAGGCUUCAGGACAUCAUCUCCAUCUCCACCUGGCUGAUAGGUAAGGUAGUGGUACUGCUUGUUCACCUGUAGUCUGUCUCUGUCACUAACAGGAGGAGGUCCCUACUCUCAGCAUUGUUGUCCAUGCUGUAAACCAGGGUUUGGGUCAAUUCCAUUUAAAUUCCAGUAAAUUCUGGAACUACACUGAAAUUCCAAUUCACUUCAAUGCUUUUCAAUGAGGAAAAUGUGGAUUUGCAAUUGGAAUUAGUUUUUUUCUGAAUUGACUGUAAUUUAAAUGGAAUUGAUCUCAACCCUGGUGUAAAGUUAAACCACAUAAUUCAGUGGAGUCUUGGGUCAUGUUCUUUAGGAGAAAAAAAACACAUUUUGAAACGCGUCUAAUAAGACGUUGCAAAUAUGUGUUCUACAUUGCUUGCACCCUACUGAACCAAACCCGAAUGUUAAAGGCAGAGUGCAGCAAAUGCUAAUGAUGUCAGUGUUAAUCAAGGUGAGGAUGCUAAUGCUGUUAGUGUUAAUCAAGGUGAGGAUGCUAAUGAUGUCAGCAUUAAUCAAGGUGAAAAUGCUAAUGAUGUUAGUGUUAAUCAAGGUGAGGAUGCUAAUGAUGUCCGUGUUAAUCAAGGUGAGGAUGCUAAUGAUGUUAGUGUUAAUCAAGGUGAGGAUGCUAAUGAUGUUAGUGUUAAUCAAGGUGAGGAUGCUAAUGAUGUCCGUGUUAAUCAAGGUGAGGAUGCUAAUGAUGUCAGCGUUAAUCAAGGUGAGGAUUCUAAUGAUGUCAGUGUUAAUCCAGGUGAGGAUGCUAAUGAUGUCAGCGUUAAUCAAGGUGAGGAUUCUAAUGAUGUCCGUGUUAAUCAAGGUGAGUAUGCUAAUGAUGUCAGUGUUAAUCAAGGUGAGGAUGCUAAUGAUGUCAGUGUAAUCCAGGUGAGGAUGCUAAUGAUGUCAGUGUUAAUCCAGGUGAGUAUGCUAAUGAUGUCAGUGUUAAUCCAGGUGAGGAUGCUAAUGAUGUCAGUGUUAAUCCAGGUGAGUAUGCUAAUGAUGUCAGUGUUAAUCCAGGUGAGGAUGCAGCUCUGACAGCUAAGAGAAGAGUCUCUGCCAGCAAGUACAAAACACAGUCACUGGAAAGAAACCCAUCGCACCACUCUCUUGGAAAACUGGAGCCCAGCAGCUUUUUCACCAAGAAGUCCUACUGCUCCAAACUCAAAACGCAGUCUCUAGGCAGAAAGCCAUCACUAGAGAAAAAGACAUCAACGGACUCUCUUGGAAAACUGAAAGCAAACAGCUUGUUCACCAAGAUGCUCGGCCUGAAGUCAUUCGGUAAAUUCAAAACGCAGUCCCUAGACAGAAAGCCAUCACUAGACAAGAAUCCAUCGCUAGACUCCCUUGGAAAACUGGAAUCCAGUAGCUCUUUCACCAAGGUAUCCACCUCGAAGCCGUGCAGCACCCUGAAAAUUCCUGAUAUUAGGCACCCAUCUUUGGAGUCUAUCCCAUUUCUGUCUAGAGACUUCACCUCCCAUACCUUCCCAUCCUACAAACCCAAGCCCCCAGCUUCCACCACCUACAUCCUGCCAUACUUCAGACCCAAGCCCAGCUCAGCCUUUGGUAAGUUAAACGCAGCCUAGGUGGCAUCUACUAUUGGGAGGGUGGAGGUGUAUGUUCGUCACAUUAGUUUUCUUAAAUAUAGGUAACUGAACUGACGUUUUGGUAAGGGCGAUGACCCUCCCACAAGUCCUCUCUGGGGGGUUUCCCUGUCCUCUCCCUGCACAAUUAUCCUUCACUUCAUUUUAUUAUGUAUCUGUUGUAUCUGUUUCUUUAUGUGCAAAACAUUUUUAUAGGGCUCUUGUAUCUGUAACACGGUCUAUGUCUGGCACAGCGGACCUAGGAUUUGAACCUGCGUCCCAACAGCACAACAUACACACCCUUUGCUCCAUUGAUCAGUGGCCAUGGUGAUCAAUCACGCUGUUAUUGUUCUACAGAUAUCAAGGCCCACUACGCCAAGGUGCGCUCCAAUCAGUUGGACUGCUCUAUGAAGGGUUUGAAGGACCACAAGAGUAGGAACCUCCUCUACCCAGUGCUGCAGAGCAAGCACAUAUAUUCUGCCAUCAAGAAGAACAAGAAAACAGGUCAAGAAAACCCACCUUGCGCAACACCUUCAUGAUGGUUAUAGACACAGUUACAGCGGAUGCUUUUCUGUUUGCACAUUUUUUGUGAACAUAUUAAUAAGCAUGCCAUAGAUCCAGGUUUCCCUAAAAAAAAGAACCCUAGAUUCCUUAUUUCAAAGUACUUCCUGGUUAAAUAAAGGAUUCCUUAUAUCAAGGUACUUCCGGUUUAAAUAAAGGAUUCCUAAUAUCAAGGUACUUCCUGGUUAAAUAAAGGACUCCUUAUAGCAAGGUACUUCCUGGUUAAAUAAAGGUUUCAUUAAACUAUAGAUAGAUGAGAUAAUAUGUUAAUGAUAUUUCCAUGGCAUUCACCCUUUCACUCCUGUCUUGUGUCACUAGGGAGGGACAGCAUAUUAAACAUUGAGGUUGAGACCUACAUCGCCUGCAUCACAGCCUUCUUGUCCCUGGCCAAGAGUGAAUACACCAUGGUGUCCAAAGUCUUCCCUCUGAACUGCACCAAUACCUUUGAAACGCUCAUCCAGGUCAGAAGUGAAGGAUAUUAAAAUGUAAUGAAUAGAAUAUUACAACUUUAUUGUCAAUGUCUACAAAAUGUGGACAUUUGCUUUUUGGCUAUUAUAAGGCUUCACAGUGGCCAUAUGAUACACAAAACAAACAAAGAUUUAAUAUCAGGAGCUCUUCAUAAUGGAGAUCAUUACAGCUAUAUAACCAUCAUGGUUACAUAUACACAUGGUUAUACAUCGUACACAACCUGGCUGAUUUAUUUGGACUCACUGGCUGUAAGGUAUCUUGAUGAUUCUAGUUUUAGACCAAUGACGUCGUUAUGUACAUGGUGUUAUGUACAUGGUGUUAUUUACAUGUUAUGUACAUGUUAUGUACAUGGUUUUAUUUACAUGGUGUUAUGUACAUGGUUUUAUUUACAUGGUGUUAUGUACAUGGUUUUAUUUACAUGGUGUUAUGUACAUGUUAUGUACAUGUUAUGUACAUGGUUUUAUUUACAUGGUGUUAUGUACAUGGUUUUAUUUACAUGGUGUUAUGUACAUGGUUUUAUUUACAUGGUGUUAUGUACAUGUUAUGUACAUGGUUUUAUUUACAUGGUGUUAUGUACAUGGUUUUAUUUACAUGGUGUUAUGUACAUGUUAUGUACAUGGUUUUAUUUACAUAGUGUUAUGUACAUGUUAUGUACAUGGUUUUAUUUACAUGGUGUUAUGUACAUGUUAUGUACAUGGUUUUAUUUACAUGGUGUUAUGUACAUGUUAUGUACAUGGUGUUAUGUAUGUGACCUUGCACUUUUGUACUUUGUUUAUUCAUUUUUUUUUAUGGUCUUGAGAAUGAUGUGCUCAUGAGGGUGUUUAAUGUCUGUUUUUAUGUGGUGAAGACAAAUUUCCACAUUGCGUGGACAAUAAAGUUGUUCUAAAUUGUAAUUGUAAUAUUUUUUCCUUCAGGUGGCUCUGAACCAGCUGAUCCAGAGUGGGGAGAACAUUGUGUCCUCUGUCAGACGAGCCUGUUCACGUCACGACUACACAGCCCUCGUCGUCAUGUUACCUGUCUUGGGCAGUCUCCUGGAGGAGGACAAAGAGUUUAACACAUUACUAAAGGUGCCAUAUAAUACUGAGAGGACAGUUUGAAGUUGAGCUUUCUCUCUAUUGUUGUGUGCUCAGGGUCAGGGGGGUCAUGGUCAGGGUUGGGGUCAGGGGGGGGGGUCAUGGUCAGAGGGUUAGGGUUGGGGUCAGGGGGUGUUGGGGUCAGGGUUGGGGUAAAUUCUAUUUCAAUUCUAGUCUAUUCAGAAAGUAAACCUAAUUCCAAUUCCAAACUUUCCUCCUUGAAAAGCAUUGAAGAUAAUUUGAAUUUCAGUGUACUUCCUGAAUUGUCUGGAAUUGAAAAUGUAAUUGAGCCCAACCCUGCAGUAUACUGAGGGAAAUGUAUAAUUAUGCGUCACUGUGAUGUCAUGUUUCAUACUGCGUGUCAGUGCACAACAAGCGGCACCUUGGCCAAGGUCUCCAAACUCAUUACAUCUAUGAAGACCCUGGCAGCCAGAGCACUGGGGGAUUUUUCUGCCCACGUCAAGGUACGACAUUCUAACCAUUCAAAGAUUGUUUUAGUUGGAAGGACUUUGAAAUAUAAAAAAUGUAAUCAUCCAGCAAGGGAACCUCUGACUGGAUCGUUGUAAUAAUAUUAUUUAAUCAGACAGAGAACCGGGUGAGUUUCCCAAAAACCUUCAUAGCACUGAGAUCAUUUUUCGGCCAUGAUUGUGUACAUUCCUAUGACGUAAAAUGAUCUGGAAGCUUUGAGAAACUCAACCAAACCGUAAUUUUCCCCUUUCUCUCACAGAGCAACCCUGACAGGGAGAGUAUGUCCAAGGAUGGAACGGUUCAUGAAUUCAACAGCAAUGUAACAACUCUCUUCUCUGUUAUUUCAUGUCCAUCAGUUUCCAUUCAAUUAAGUGAAUCAGUAAUGCUGAUGUGCUUAUUGAGAUUUGUGUAAGGAGAAGGGUGGUUUUGUUCCAGAGGGUGUUUGUGUUUCCUUAUAUUGUAGUAUCAUGGGAUACUAGACAGUUGUCAGUUUCUCACUAAAUACAGUGCCCUCCACUAUUAUUGGCACCCCUGUUUAAGAUGUGGUCGAGGACUUCCAAAAAUUAUCCUUUUUUUUUUAAACAACAUAGAACCGAAAUGCAAAAAAAGAGUAAAAUCCAACCUUUUAUUUAAGUACAUUACUUUGGUGGUAAAAAAAAAAAUCACACAUUUAGAAAAAAAAAUAAUUGAAAUCAUGUGUCCCACAAUUAUUGGCACCCCUAACAAUUCCGCUGAAAAUUUUAAUUGAUUUUUUUUUUAAAUAUAUUUUUCUGUAGUUGCUAAAGUUGGUCAGGGUAUCUAGGAACUUUUAAUUAGUAAUUCAUGACUUCCUGUUUCCCUGGGGUAUAAAUAUGACGUGACACAGAGGCCUAAUUCUCUUACCCAUUUGUCAACAUGGCAAAGACAAGAGAACACACCAUUCAAGUAAGGCAGAUUUGUGUCGACCUUCAUAAGUCAGGCAAUGGCUACAAGAAAAUAGCCACUCGCCUUAACUUGCCCGUAUCUACAGUCAGAGGAAUCAUUAAGAAGUUUAAAACAACUGGAACAGUGACAAACAAGGCUGGAAGAGGUCCCAAGUUUAUCUUGCCACAACGCACAGUGGUAAGAUAAGUAAAAAAAAGUCCUAAGCUCACUGUCACAGAAUUGCAUCAAAGAGUGGCAUCUUGGGGUCACAAAGUCUCCAAAACAACCAUCAGACGCUCUCUACAUGCCAACAAGCUGUUUGGGAGGCAUGCAAGGAAAAAGCCUUUUCUCACUAACACUCACAAACGUAAACGUCUGGAGUUUGCUAAGCGGCACUGGGACUUCAACUGGGAUCGUGUGCUUUGGUCAGAUGAGACUAAGAUUGAGCUUUUUGGCAACAAACACUCUAAGUGGGUCUGGCGUAAAACAAAAGAUGAGUAUGCCGAAAAGCACCUCAUGCCCACCGUGAAGUAUGGUGGAGGAUCUGUGAUGCUGUGGGCCUGUUUCUCUUCCAAAGGCCCUGGGAACCUUGUUAGGGUGCAUGGCAUUAUGAACGCUUUGAACUACCAGGACAUUUUAAAUAAAAACCUGAUGGCCUCUGCCAGAAAGCUGAAGAUGGGUCGUCAUUGGGUCUUUCAGCAGGAUAAUGAUCCAAAACGUGGCAAAAUCUACACAAAAAUGGUUCAGCAGUCACAAACUCAAGGUCCUCCCAUGGCCAUCUCAGUCCCCAGACCUCAACCCAAUCGAAAACCUGUGGGGUGAGCUAAAGAGGAGAGUGCAUAAGAGAGGACCCAGGACACUGGAUGAUCUAGAAAGAUUGUGCAAAGAAGAAUGGUCAAAGAUCCCUCUCUCUGUGUUCUCCAAUCUUGUGAAAUGUUAUAGGAGGAGAUUAAGUGCUGUCUUGUUGGCAAAAGGGGGUUGUACAAAGUAUUAAAACAUCAGGGGUGCCAAUAAUUGUGGGACACAUGAUUUCAAGUUUUUUCUUUUCUAAAUGUGUGAUUUUUUUUUUUUACACCAAAGUAAUGUACUUAAAUAAAAGGUUGGAUUUUUCUAUUUUUUUGCAUUUGGGUUCUAUGUUGUUUAAAAAAAAAAGAGAAUUUUUGGAAGUCCUCGACCACAUCUUAAACAGGGGUGCCAAUAAUUGUGGAGGGCACUGUAUAUAAUAAAGUAUAUAUAUUUUUUAUCCCAUUUGAACUGACCUAACUAAAGAUGUCAAUUAUGUGAAUUGUUCUCUUACUGUCUCCAGACCAUUCUAUUCCUGCAGCAGUUGCUGUCCUUUGCAGAUGCUGUUCGGUCCAUCCUGUAUCCUCAUGAUGUAGACAGUGACACAGUAACUAUGGAGGUGUCCAGUAGUGUUCAGGUGGACGUUCAACAUGACACUGGUACGAAGUCUUUCUCUUUGUUUAUUAGAGUGAGUUUUAUGUUACAAAACUAGAUGCUUAUUAGAUGGUUGUUUUUUCCCUAUUGAGAGAAGAUGUGCAGUGUAGAUAUAAAACAGUUUUCUUCACCAGAUGCAGAUGAAUCAGAAGAACAGCCAUCAGACAGUCAGGAGUCCAAGGGGAAUGAUAGUCAGAGAGCACUGAGUCCUUACGUCUGUGAGUGUUCAACAUGGCUGUGUCUAAUAUCCAGAAUUACACCUUUGACAAGGGCAAGACGCCGUGCUGUUGGGUCUUAAGGCGUCAGCAUGCUUCAGUUCGGCUGGUGGCUAGCCGAAGUCGGCUAGGUGAACUUAACGAGUGUGCUCGCAUACUCCCUUAAAAGACCUUCGCUUGAAAAACAAGACAAAAGCUGCAAUAGUACUGUUUGUCCAUUUUGAGAAGCCGUAGGCAGUUUACACUUCCUCAAAAUAGUCAGAAUUAAUCUAAGAUAACUCAAGAAAUCUGUCAUUAAUUUUGAUGUUUUUGCCGAGGAGAUCUUAGUCGUGCAACUUUACAUCUAACUAAGAUGUUUGGUGCAGCAGUGUUUCUCAAUGAAAACAUGUGCAUGAAAACGAGUGGUCUCAUUGAAUGACAACAAAGACUCUACUGCUGACCAAUCACCCGACGAAGGGGCGUAGACUUCGGCUACCGACUUCGUCUUGCCUCAAGAAAAAGAUGUGUGUGCCCGAACAACCGAGAAAAAAAACGUACCGAAGUCCAAAACGAACAAAAAACGUCACAAAAUGUCGACAUAAUAUAUGCACAAACUCUUCCGAACUGUUUUGGCUGGGAAGCAUGCGGAUGCCUUUAGGCUAAGACAAUAUGCUGGUUUCUGGCUUUUUGCUCCAAAGAAAGUAAAUGAACUACUAUUAUAAACUGAGUAGUUUAGGUACUGGAGGUCCCAUACUGGCAAAAAACUGAAUCUACUUUCAACCCUGAUAAUGAGUCAGAAUCAGCCACAGGUGGUGUUUAGUUAAAGUGUCUUGACUGCCCCCAUGUGGUGGCUGUGGUUUUACAUGAGGUUAAUGAUUUCCCUUCUCCAGGUAAAGUGCUGGAGCAUCUCCAGUACAACCUACAGUGUAAGGCCAAGGUGUAUGAGGACCACGCUCUCGGGGCCAUAUUCCUCCUCAACAACUACAACUACAUCCUCAAGUCAAUGAAGAAGUAGGCCCUCUUUGUUCAUUUCAAAAGUGUGUGUUAGCUUGAGUGUGGAUAAACCAUUGCUUGAGUCUGGCAUUAGGGCCUGGCACAUUAAUGAACAGGGUCAUGUUCAUUGGGCAACAAUUGGAUGUAAACGCUCAAACAGGGAACGGAGGGACCACCUGGACUUAAGAAACGCAAAUGUUCUUUUUCAGUUACAAAACAUUUUAAAACUUUUUUAUGUGGCGUGCCCUAAUAAAUACGACUCCAGUCAUGCAGUUUUCCAACACUGUUCCAGAACGGUCCUGAAUUAUGAGAAAUCUUUAUUUGUGACAUUAGAGAUCCCUAAGGUUGGAAUAUUAACUAGGCCUACACAACAUAAUGAUCAAUCAAAGUGGGCUACAUUUUGACUUUCCAUGUACUUUAGUUCAGGGUUAUAAGUGAAUUUGUCACAGCUCACAGGGAGACCAGAUAUGACAGGGAAAUCUACCUGCAGGUCAUCUCUGUUUGAAGUGGUUAAAACCAGCGGCAGGGAUCCAGAGGUUGAGUACGAGGAACUGAUUGAGCAACAGAGGCAGGCGUACCAGCACAGGUGAGGGACCAGGCAUCCAGAGGAGGAAGAAGGGAGCCAUGGAAUCUAAUAUUGUCUUAACAUUAGUCCUGAUCAUUAUGUGAUUUAUUAUAAGAGACUAGCGCCCCCCUGCUAGCCUGAAAUCCACAACCUGUUUUGCUAACAUUCCACUCUUUAUACUCCCUGUCAUUGCUAAAACAUGUUUUGCAUGACAAGGAGUGGAAUGAUAACAGGAACAGAUUGGUAACCAGGUUAGCACACUACUCUUACGGCCGGUAAAUUAUUUUAUUAAAUGCAAGUCCCUACUCAAAUUUAUAUUUAUCUGUUCAGCAUUUCGGACUCUGGAUAUGCUGCUAAUAUUCUAAACUCUGGAGUAUUUAAAAAAAUCACCCAUAUUUCCUGUGAGAUCCUGGCACUUGCUUUCUCUUGGAAAUGUAAUGAUUUUAAUAAAAUGUCCCCCUCUCCAGUGUGGGUUGACGAAUCUACCAGCUCAUGUUUGUUGCCUAGGCUCACGAUAUUACAAUAUAGAUUAUACGGUGGUCAUACAUGCUCAUGACAAGUGUCAUAAUGCAUUAUAAAUGCAUCAUAAUGCAUGAUACAGUGGGGGAAAAAAGUAUUUAGUCAGCCACCAAUUGUGCAAGUUCUCCCACUUAAAAAGAUGAGGCCUGUAAUGUUCAUCGUAGGUACACGUCAACUAUGACAGACAAAUUGAGAAAUUUUUUUCCAGAAAAUCACAUUGUAGGAUUUUUUAUGAAUUUAUUUGCAAAUUAUGGUGGAAAAUAAGUAUUUGGUCACCUACAAACAAGCAAGAUUUCUGGCUCUCACAGACCUGUAACUUCCUCUUUAAGAGGCUCCUCUGUCCUCCACUCGUUACCUUUAUUAAUGGCACCUGUUUGAACUUGUUAUCAGUAUAAAAGACACCUGUCCACAACCUCAAACAGUCACACUCCAAACUCCACUAUGGCCAAGACCAAAGAGCUGUCAAAGGACACCAGAAACAAAAUUGUAGACCUGCACCAGGCUGGGAAGACUGAAUCUGCAAUAGGUAAGCAGUUUGGUUUGAAGAAAUCAACUGUGGGAGCAAUUAUUAGGAAAUGGAAGAAAUACAAGACCACUGAUAAUCUCCCUCGAUCUGGGGAUCUCACCCCGUGGGGUCAAAAUGAUCACAAGAACGGUGAGCAAAAAUCCCAGAACCACACGGGGGGACCUAGUGAAUGACCUGCAGAGAGCUGGGACCAAAGUAACAAAGUCUACCAUCAGUAACACACUACGCCGCCAGGGACUCAAAUCCUGCAGUGCCAGACGUGUCCCCCUGCUUAAGCCAGUACAUGUCCAGGCCCGUCUGAAGUUUGCUAGAGUGCAUUUGGAUGAUCCACAAGAGGAUUGGGAGAAUGUCAUAUGGUCAUAUGAAACCAAAAUAUAACUUUUUGGUAAAAACUCAACUCGUCGUGUUUGGAGGACAAAGAAUGCUGAGUUGCAUCCAAAGAACACCAUACCUACUGUGAAGCAUGGGGGUGGAAACAUCAUGCUUUGGGGCUGUUUUUCUGCAAAAGGACCAGGAUCAUGAGAUUUUGAGUGAAAACCUCCUUCCAUCAGCAAGGGCAUUGAAGAUGAAACGUGGCUGGGUCUUUCAGCAUGACAAUGAUCCCAAACACACCGCCCGGGCAACGAAGGAGUGGCUUCGUAAGAAGCAUUUCAAGGUCCUGGAGUGGCCUAGCCAGUCUCCAGAUCUCAACCCUAUACAAAAUCUUUGGAGGGAGUUGAAAGUCCGUGUCGCCCAGCGACAGCCCCAAAACAUCACUGCUCUAGAGGAGAUCUGCAUGGAGGAAUGGGCCAAAAUACCAGCAACAAUGUGUGAAAACCUUGUGAAGACUUACAGAAAACGUUUGACCUGUGUCAUUGCCAACAAAGGGUAUAUAACAAAGUAUUGAGAAACUUUUGUUAUUGACCAAAUACUUAUUUUCCACCAUAAUUUGCAAAUAAAUUCAUUAAAAAUCCUACAAUGUGAUUUUCUGGAUUUUUUUUCUCAUUUUGUCUGUCAUAGUUGACGUGUACCUAUGAUGAAAAUUACAGGCCUCUCUCAUCUUUUUAAGUGGGAGAACUUGCACAAUUGGUGGCUGACUAAAUACUUUUUUCCCCCACUGGACCUGCAGGCUUUAAGUGAAGUGUUACCAUUACGUCAUACAGGGACAAUGCUAAAUCAAGUAUCCUAUGCUACAACUCAAAUACAAUUGUAUUUGUCACAUGCUUCGUAAACAACAGGUGCAGACUAACAGUGAAAUGUUUACUUACGGGCCCUUCCCAACAAUGCAGAGAGAGAAAAUAGAGAAAUAAUAGAAAAAGAAUAACACAAGGAAUAAAUACACAAUGAGUAAAGGUAACUUGGCUAUAUACACGGGUUCCAGUACCGAGUCGAUGUGCAGGGGUACGAGGUAAUGGAGGUAGAUAUGUACAUAUAGGUAGGGGUAAAGUGACUAGGCAACAGGAUAGAGAAUAAACAGUAACAGCAGUGUAUGCGAUGACUCAAAAGGGUCAAUGCAGAUAGUACGGGUAGCUAUUGGUUAACUAUUUAACUAACUAUUCAGCAGUCUUAUGGCUUGGGGUGUAGAAGCUGUUAAGGGUCCUGUUGGUUCCAGACUUGUGGGCAGUCCAAUUAAUGAAUGUGCUACUGAACACAGCUGAUCUGUGCAGUGAAUGUGUGCUGCUUGUGUGUUGCAGUUGGUUGAAAGUGACUGAGUGCCUGACUGAAAAUCAUCUGCCCACCUUUAAGCCAGGUGACAAGGUGAGGGUAGAUGUUUUGAUACCGUAUAUUAAAUUAUAAAGUUACACUAUCCACCUUUUAGUGGAUUUGCUUGCUGUUUUAUUCAAACCUAAUCACACCUUUCCUAUUCUUCGUACAUCAUCACUAUCGGGCUUCAGUUGAAAGAAAAAGACUGUCAGGUGAUUAAAGACAUGUUCAAGGUAAGACAAGGAAGGCAGUUUCCUCCAUGCACCUAAAGGAUCUGUGUCAGUACUAGUGAUGGGGGGGGGGGUCGAUACAGUUACAUAUAGGGAUAUUAUCUUUGACGAUAUAUCGUAUUGUUUUGACAAUAUUAUUUUUGCGCUAGUUUGCUGUGCCUGCACCAAAACUCUAGUAUUUUCCUUCAUAGCUUCAAUUUGUUUUCAGCACUUUUGUAUUUCCAUGACUGAUCAAAACUAGUUUUCUCAUGGCUCUCUUGUCUCUCUGCAGCAGACGUAUGGGGAGCAAUAUGUUUGGAACAUCGAAUCGCAAUAAAAUCACAGUAUCAAAUAGCCAUACAUAUAAAAUCGUGAGAAUCGCAAUACAUAUCAUAUUGGCACCUAAGUAUCGUGAUAUCGUAUCGUGAGAUCCCUGGCAAUUCCCAGCCCUAAUCCAUAUGACAUCUCUACACAACAACCCUUAUUCAUACUCAAAAACAGAAUGAUCACAAACGUCUAAACCCAACAUGUCAGCUUAGGGCUCGUAUUAAUGGGGCACCAUUUGUAAGAUGCUAUAUUUAUGGACACAAAAGAUUGUAAUAUUUGCAUUUUCUGUUACAAAACAAAACACAUAUGUGAUAACAUGACAGUACAUGGCUGUCCACAAUCUUUUUUCUAUGACCUUUGACCUUGCGUCGUCCAGAGCUUCAACGAGGGCCUGGAGGAACUGUAUAAGGCUCAGAAGGCGUGGGCCAUCCCAGACAGAGAGCAGCGCCAGGCCAUCUGUCAGGCCCAGAGAGAGAUGGUGUCCAAGGCCUACACAUCCUUUCUGCUGAGGGGAGUCAUGGCAUAUCACAGAGCUUAUUACUGGAGACUGCUGCUGAAUUCAGCAUCAACCCCUAUUCCCUAUUCCCUAGCCCUUACUCCCUAGCCCCUGUUCCCUAGCCCUUACUCCCUAGCCCCUAUUCCCUAGCUCUUACUCCCUAGCUCUUAUUCCCUAGCCCUUACUCCCUUACUCCCUAGCCCCUACUCCCUAGCCCUUACUCCCUAUUCCCUAGCCCCUAUUCCCUAGUCCUUAUUUCCUGGCCCCUACUCCCUAGCCCUUAUUCCCUAGCCCCUACUCCCUAGCCCUUACUCCCUAUUCCCUAGCCCCUACUCCCUAUUCCCUAGCCCCUAUUCCCUAGCCCAUACCCCCUACUCCCCAACCACUCCUGUAGAUCUGAGUGGAUUGGAUGGAUACAAUCAUUAUGGUAAUACCUUCAUCUUGCCUUCUGAUUGGCUGAGUGAAAAUGUUGUCAUAUUGCUUCUACCUAUCCAAUCCUCUCAGAUCUGCAAGGGUGGCUAGGGUAUAGGGGCUAGGGUGUCCAUUUGGAAUUCAGCACACAUUAGGUGGUUGAAUAAGGGAUGCUUUUCUGUACUGUAGAUGAAACUGUGGUGUACCAUGUAUGUUUGGUCUCUAUGUACGAGAUGUUUUUUUUAUUCAGCACUGUUCAAUAGUGAUGUGCAGUAAGAAUUUCUUACAGAACGCUGGUACAGUGAUAUUCCUUUAUUAUGGUCAUUUACCUGUACUUUACACAGAUGUGACAAUGCUGAUUUCUCCAAACACCCUGAGAGAUACCACAAAUACAGCCCAGCGCAGGUGGAGGAGAUGAUCGUGAGACUAUUUGAUAUCUCAGCCUGA